AAUAAUCAUCAAUCGUGUGUUCGCGAUCUCCUGCUUUGCACGCCCGUGUUCUCGUCGUUUUUUCGCGUUUCAAAUUCCCGUCGACCGCCUCUCGCCGCGGUCAUACUUAUUAUUCAAGUGUUUUUGCUCAGUGCUCGCCUCCCGUGCCGUGCCGUCGUCAGUUCCGCCGAUCGCCCAGAAGGAAAAAAAACCGGAUUGUAGUUUGUUCAGCCAAAUUCUGAAAGCUGCUUCUGCUGCUGUAAAGUGAUUUUCGCGUGUGGGAAAAGUGCUUCUGCGGAGCCGUGGAAAAUUUGGCAAACCUCUCUCUAGGCUGUGCUGGAACUGCUGAACUGAAAAGCAGGUCUACUCUGUCUUCUAGCGUCACACCAGCACAACCAUCAGCACUGUGCUUUCUCAGAUCACUCGCAAUGCUGCAGUAAGGCCGGAAGUGCAGGACACAACCAUCAGCAACUGCGGCGGUUCCACGUUUCUUCCACGUGUGAUAAAUCGUCCAAGGAUGGUUCCAACACGCCCGGAUCCGGUUCGGGCGGCUCGUCAGCGUCUAGUUCCGGUGGCAGUGGUAAAGAUGGCAAUGGUAAAGAACCACCGAAUAAAAAGAACGUUUUGUCCUGCCCAAAGUGUGGUGAUCCCUGCACACACGUGGAAACCUUUGUCAGUUCCACGAGGUUCGUAAAGUGCGAAAAAUGUCAUCACUUUUUCGUGGUGUUAAGCGAAGUUGACUCCAAGAAAACCAUCAAGGACACAGAAGCCAAGGGCCAACGGAAGCCACCUCCGCCGCCGAAGAAAAUCAUGGAAUACCUCGAUAGGCACGUUGUCGGCCAAGAGCUGGCCAAAAAAGUCCUCUCCGUGGCUGUGUACAACCAUUACAAGCGAAUCUAUCACAAUCUGCCACCGCCGGCGAGCAGCGGAGGCCAAGGGGGAGCGCAGCAAAUAGAUGCAAUGUCCCGCAGUGGUGAUCUACUACACAUCUCCGGCAUCGGUCACACCAUGAUGAGCUCGGCCCCCUCGGAAGUGCCCCGUCCUCCGCUGGCUUCAUCCAAUGCAUCGCAAGCGCACCACCCGGGCUCGGAACUGCUCGACAAGAAGACACACGAGCUCAAGCUGGAGAAAAGUAACAUCCUGAUGCUGGGACCGACUGGUUCGGGAAAAACCCUGCUGGCGCAGACGAUUGCCAAGUGUCUGGAUGUUCCGUUUGCCAUUUGUGAUUGUACCACGCUGACGCAAGCUGGCUACGUCGGUGAGGACAUCGAAAGCGUCAUCGCCAAACUGCUACAGGAUGCCAACUACAGUGUGGAACGUGCUCAAACCGGUAUUGUGUUCUUGGACGAGGUCGAUAAGAUUGGUGCCGUCCCGGGGAUUCACCAGCUGCGGGAUGUUGGCGGUGAGGGCGUUCAACAGGGCAUGCUGAAAAUGCUUGAGGGUACCAUUGUGAACGUGCCGGAGCGAAAUUCCCCGCGGAAACUGCGGGGCGAAACGGUCCAGGUCGACACUACCAAUAUUCUGUUCGUGGCAUCCGGAGCGUACACGGGACUGGAUCGGUUGAUCGCCAGGCGGCUGAAUGAGAAGUAUCUGGGCUUCGGCAUGCCGGCUAGCUCCUCCGAAGGCCGUCGUGCAGCUCAAGCUUCGGCCGCACCGAUGGACAACGACCAGGUCGAACGCGAUGCCAACCUAAGGAAAGUGCAAGCCAAGGAUUUGGUGGAAUUCGGAAUGAUUCCUGAAUUUGUCGGUCGCUUCCCGGUGCUCGUUCCGUUCCACAGCCUAGAUGUGGACAUGUUGGUGCGUAUCUUGACCGAGCCGCGUAACGCCCUGGUGCCACAGUACAAAGCCCUGCUGGGUAUGGAUCAGGUGGAGCUCACCUUUGCCGAAGCAGCCCUGAAGCAGAUCGCACAGCUGGCGAUGGAAAGACAAACCGGUGCCCGUGGGCUGAGAGCCAUCAUGGAAACGCUCCUGCUCGAACCGAUGUUCGAAGUGCCCGGAUCGGAUGUGAAGACCGUUCACAUUACGGAGGACUGCGUUCGGGGCCAAACCGAACCGGUCUACAUCCGUCGGAACCAGUCGAACUCGGCCAGCAGUGGACCGGAUUCGCCCAACAGUAACAGCACGUCCCAGGCCUCCGAGGAGGAAGAGAACACCAAGCUGCGCGUCAAGCAGUAAGCAAGUGGGGGGGGAGGGGCCACCACCACCUGUGAUAAGAACACGCACGCACAUCCCGGCAACAUACAGGUAGGAAGCUUAUAUUUCUAUAGAUCAACAACAUAUUUCUUUUCCGCAUGUGCGUCGUUUUGGCUGGUUGCGAUCGUUACAAAUAGUACGAUCGAGGGAUAAAAAAAAACCUUUGAAAAUAGUGCAAAAAACAUGUGUAAAUAGUUUGCGACUUGACCCCAAACCUGCGCAGUUUCGGGCAUACAGCAGAGAAAAAGUAUAAAAAAAACUGCAACUGAAAUUUUAGUUAUGUAUGAACGGAUGCAAAAGAAAAGCUAAAAUCAUCAACGGAAAUCCGUUAAUUAGUGGUGUUAGGUUCCUUUUUGAGAGCGAGAGAGAAGAAAAACAGAGCGAGUGCGAGACGUUAUUUUUAUCCUUUCCUCUUUCACCCGUGUUCGUGACAAAACGGCGAAUUGUGAUGUUUUCUUGGUCAUCCAAACGUUCCUUCGUAUCUUAUGUCAACCUCUCCGAUCUUGUUCCGAAUUCGAUUUUAGAAUACCCGCUCCUGUCGUUUCUGAUAUGUGUUAUUAUCCGUCUCGUGUUAUCUGUAGUCCCCGGAUACGAUUGACAAAAGGGAUACUAAUCAUUGUGUAAAAAUGUAUUCCGUUAAUCCCUCCUUUCCCUAACCUUUUCGCCUAACUAGCUCAUAGGAUGUUGAAAAAAAAAUCAAGUGAGUGAAUGGACUCCUAGAGGGAGCCAGAGUGUAAAUAAUUAAUCUUUGCUGCUUAAAUGUUAGUACGUACGAAGUAAAUUUGCAUUAACGACAAAGAGAAUGAAGUGAACUAUAUAAAUAGGCUAGUGGUAGAUAAAUCAAUUCUCUCGUGAAAAGUGAAUAUAUAUUCGAAUUGUUUCGAAACA